AUGGGCGCAUGCAUGAGCUCGAGCAAUGAGGAGGUGGACCAGAAGAAAAAGAGUCAGGCUAUCGAUAAGAUCCUUGAGGAAGACUCAAAACGAUUACGGAAAGAAUGCAAAAUCUUGCUAUUAGGUUCCGGAGAGAGUGGCAAGUCGACAAUUGUCAAACAGAUGAAAAUCAUUCACCUCAAGGGUUAUUCGGAAGACGAGCUGUUCAACUAUCGGCCAACUGUUUUCAAGAAUCUUGUCGAGUGCGCCAAGGCAGUUAUUAUGGCCAUGCAGCAGUUUGACAUCGAACCUCAAAAUGAAGAAAACAAGGCGCAUGCGGAAUUUCUUCUGGAAUAUCAAGCAGAGUCUGGUCCCCAGGCACACAUCGAUGCAAAAGUCGGUGCGGCCGUACAAGCUUUGUGGAAUGAUCCAGCGAAGGAUCUGUUGAUGGAGCAUCAGACCGAGUUUUAUCUUAUGGACUCGGCAGAAUAUUUCUUCCAAGAAGCAAUGCGAAUAGUAGCAACCGACUAUCUGCCCAACGAAAUGGAUGUGCUCCGGGCACGAACGAAGACAACAGGUAUUUAUGAAACAAGAUUUCAGAUGGGCCAAUUAAGUAUCCAUAUGUUCGACGUCGGUGGUCAGCGAAGCGAGAGGAAGAAGUGGAUACACUGUUUCGAGAACGUAACAUCCAUUAUAUUCUGCGUUGCCCUGAGUGAAUACGAUCAAGUCCUGCUCGAGGAGAGCAGUCAGAACCGAAUGAUGGAGAGUUUACUGCUUUUCGACUCAGUAGUCAACUCAAGGUGGUUCAUGCGCACCAGUAUCAUUUUGUUCCUCAACAAGGUCGAUAUCUUCAAGCAAAAGCUGAGCCGGUCACCACUGGGCAAUUACUUCCCAGAUUACUCAGGCGGAAACGAUGUCAACAAGGCAGCCAAAUACCUACUCUGGCGGUUCAACCAGGUCAACCGAGCACACUUAAACUUGUAUCCUCAUUUGACGCAAGCAACAGACACAUCAAACAUCCGACUGGUUUUCGCAGCAGUCAAGGAGACUAUCUUGAAUAACGCGCUUAAGGACUCUGGCAUUCUGUGA